AUGAUGCCUAUGAGACCUUCGAAAAGCGCCAUGCGCGCUCUGCAUUACCAGAGGUACAUUGCCUCUGGCAGAAUGAGUUUUACUACUGCUUCCGCUGCUGCGACCACGCCCCACCGCUUUUCAGCUCAGAAGAGAUUCCAGAGCACCGCAAGUGCCCCAGCUGAAAACACGAGACCGAUCCCCAGCCCCGCCUUCAACCAGGAACCUCACCGCAAUGAGGUCUCGCCACUGCAAAAUCGCCAGGUCCCCGAACUGGACGACUCUUUUGUCGGACUCAGUGGAGGAGAGAUCUUCCAUGAGAUGAUGCUGCGUCUUGGCGUCAAGCAUGUCUUCGGUUACCCUGGAGGUGCCAUUCUUCCCGUUUUCGAUGCCAUCUACAACUCCAAACACUUCGACUUCGUCCUCCCGAGACAUGAACAGGGCGCCGGACACAUGGCCGAAGGCUACGCCCGUGCCUCUGGAAAGCCCGGUGUCGUCCUCGUCACCUCCGGCCCUGGAGCCACCAACGUUAUCACCCCCAUGCAGGAUGCCCUCUCGGACGGUACUCCCAUGGUCGUCUUCUGCGGUCAGGUGCCCACCAGCCUGAUCGGUACCGACUCUUUCCAGGAAGCCGAUGUUAUCGGUAUCUCCCGUGCUUGCACCAAGUGGAACGUCAUGGUCAAGUCCGUCGCUGAACUCCCCCGUCGCAUCCAGGAGGCUUUCGAAAUCGCCACCAGCGGCCGCCCCGGACCCGUCCUCGUCGAUUUGCCCAAGGAUAUCACCGCCGGUAUUCUCCGUAAACCCAUCCCGAUGAACAGCACCCUGCCCUCUCUCCCCAGCGCUGCGACCAUGGCUGCCCGUGAAUUGAGCAUGCAGCAGCUCAAGGGUACCAUCAACCGUGUGGCCCGCCUUGUCAACAUCUCCAAGAAGCCCAUCCUGUAUGUGGGUCAGGGUCUCCUUGCUCGCCCCGACGGCCCCCAGAUCUUGAAGGAGCUGGCCGACAAGGCUUGCAUUCCGGUCACCACGACCCUUCAGGGUCUGGGUGGAUUCGACGAGACGGACCCCAAGGCCCUGCACAUGCUGGGCAUGCACGGAUCUGCCUAUGCCAACAUGGCCAUGCAGGAGGCUGAUCUCAUCAUUGCUAUCGGUGCUCGCUUCGAUGACCGUGUGACCGGAAACAUCUCCAAGUUCGCCCCUCAGGCCAAGCUUGCUGCCUCGGAGAACCGUGGUGGUAUCGUCCACUUCGAAAUCAUGCCCAAGAACAUCAACAAGGUUGUCCAGGCCAACGAGGCUGUUGAGGGUGACUGUGCUGAGAACAUCCGUCUCCUCCUGCCCCACGUCGAGGCCGUUGCUGAGCGUAAGGAGUGGUUCGACCAGAUCAACGACUGGAAGGCUCGGUUCCCCUUCUCGCUCUAUGAGAGGGAGACUGCUGAGGGACCUAUCAAGCCCCAGGCUGUCAUUGAGAAACUCAGCGAUCUCACUGCUCACAUGAAGGAUCGUACUGUCAUCACUACCGGUGUCGGUCAGCACCAGAUGUGGGCUGCUCAGCACUUCCGCUGGCGCCACCCCCGUACCAUGAUCACCUCUGGUGGUCUUGGAACUAUGGGAUACGGUCUCCCCGCUGCUAUCGGUGCCAAGGUUGCUCGCCCUGACGCUCUUGUCGUCGAUAUUGACGGUGAUGCCUCGUUCAACAUGACCCUGACCGAGCUCACCACUGCUGCUCAGUUCAACAUUGGUGUCAAGGUUCUCCUCCUGAACAACGAGGAACAGGGUAUGGUGACGCAAUGGCAGAACCUGUUCUACGAGGACCGCUACUCGCACACUCACCAGAAGAACCCCGACUUUGUCCCGAUGGCCCAGGCCAUGGGUGUUGCCGCGGACCGCUGCACCAAGCCCUCGGAGGUUGAGGAGAAGCUCAAGUGGCUGAUCGAGCAGGACGGCCCUGCCCUUCUGGAAGUGUUCACUGAUCGCAAGGUGCCUGUGCUUCCCAUGGUGCCCGCUGGCUGUGCCCUGCACGAGUUCCUUGUUUAUGACGAAGCCAAGGAGAAGGAGCGUAAGGCUCUGAUGAAGAAGCGGAAAGUUCCCGGUUUCUAG